CUUGUGCAGCGCAUCCCUGGGCAGUAGCCAUAACAGGGGCACAAUACACUAGUGCAGGCGCUAAAGGAGAACCCACUUCUGUUCAGCUGUUCCGCACAUCGCAGCGCUGAUUGCGCCAAGAGCGACACCGAGCGGCAGAGAUCGCGGCAACUGCAGCAGGAGAGGCAAUUGCUUGGGCACAGGGAGUGACUGGAGCAGCAGAGACGUCUAGAGAUGGUGAACCCCAGGGGAGAUGAGACUCACGAUAAUCAUCAAGUCAAGUGUAAUCAGAUUGAAUGCUGCCUUCAACCAUUCCACCUGUCCCAGGUGCAGCUCUUAUCUGUGAGGGACCUAAUGUUGGCCAACAUGGAGAGGGGGCUAAUGAAAACACCUCAGAAACCAUCUACCCUAAAAAUGUUGCCGACAUAUGUCCGUUCUACCCCGGAUGGAACUGAAAGAGGAGACUUCUUGGUGUUAGACCUUGGAGGGGCCCAGUUCCGAAUCCUUCACGUAGAGCUAAAAGAUUCCGCUAAAGUAGAAAUGGAGAGUCAAGUCUAUGCCAUUCCAGAUGAAGUUAUGCAUGGGACAGGACAGCAGCUCUUUGAUCACGUUGCUGAAUGCCUCGGCCGAUUCCUUCGUCAACAAAAACUCCAUCAGAAGGUCUUGCCUCUUGGUUUCACCUUUUCGUUUCCCUGUGUGCAGAGUCAGUUGGACAAGAGUGUACUGAUUUCAUGGACCAAAGGGUUCCACUGCUCUGAUGUAGAGGGAAAGGAUGUGGUGCAUCUGCUGCGAGAAGCCAUAUGUCGGCAAGGAGAUUAUGAAGUUGAUGUGAUUGCUAUUGUCAAUGACACCGUUGGGGCAAUGAUGAGUUGUGGGUACCAAGACCACAGCUGUGGUUUCAUUGUUGGCACUGGUACCAAUCUCUGUUACAUGGAGGAGAUGGGAAAUGUAGAGUCCGUGGAAGGGGACGAAGGAAAAAUGUGUAUUAACACAGAAUGGGGUGCCCUUGGAGAUGAUGGAGAGCUAAGCUCCAUUCAGACAGAGAUUGAUAAGCAGCUGGACCAGAAUUCACUUGUGUCUGGGAAGCAGUGUUUUGAUAAGCUGGUUAGUGGAAUGUACAUGGGAGAAAUUGUGCGUUUAAUCCUGGUGAAGUUGGCCAACCAGGGCCUACUCUUUGAUGGUACUACAACCCAGGCGCUGCUUUCCAAGGGAUGCUUUGAGACAAAGCACGUGUCGGCCAUUGAGGAUGACCAUUCUGGACUGUCUUCGGCUCGAAAAAUCUUGUCUGUUCUUGGUCUAAACCCUAGUGAGCAGGACUGUGUAAAUGUGCAGCAGGUGUGCAGCGCCAUAUCGACAAGGUCUGCCAACCUCUGUGCUGCUGGACUGGCUGCAGUGGCCGCACGUUUGCAGUGUAAUAGCCAAGACCCAAAUCGCAAAAUUACCAUUGGAGUGGAUGGAUCUGUGUAUAAGCAGCACCCAAAGUUUAGUCAACACCUCCAUUCUGCACUGCAGCAUUUGGCACCAAAAUGCCAGAUAAAUUUUUUGAUAUCCGAGGAUGGAAGUGGAAAGGGCACUGCCAUAGUAACUGCGGUUGCAAAGAGACUUGCAGCUCAGCGUCAUCAAAUAGAUGAAAUUUUAGCCCCAUUUCAAUUGUCCCAGGCCAAGCUAGAGGAGGUGCAAAGCCGGAUGCGUACUGAGAUGGCUAUUGGCCUAUGUAAGGACACCCAUGCCAGUGCUACUGUGAAGAUGCUCCCAACAUACGUGAGAUCCACACCUGAUGGAACAGAACGAGGAGACUUCAUAGCGCUAGAUCUGGGGGGAACCAAUUUCCGAGUGCUGUAUGUCCAUAUUGGCCGGAGAGAGGAUGUAGGGGUGCAAAUUGUGAGCAAGACCUACUCUCUGCCGCAAGAAAUAAUACAGGGAACAGGAGUAAAGCUUUUUGACCAUAUUAUUGACUGCAUCUCAGAAUUUCAAAGUGAAAAUAAUCUCCGAGGAAGAAGGCUACCUCUAGGUUUCACAUUUUCCUUUCCUUGUAAACAAACCAAUCUUGACCAGGGUAUCUUGAUGACUUGGACAAAGGGUUUCAGUGCCUCAGGAUGUGUAGGCAAGGAUGUUGUUAUGCUCCUUCGAGAGGCUGCAGUAAGGAAAAAGAAUAAUGAUCUGAUUGUGGUGGCUCUGGUGAACGAUACAGUGGGGACAAUGAUGACUUGUGGAUACAGUGAUCCAGCUUGUGAGAUUGGCCUGAUUGUGGGCACAGGGACCAAUGCUUGCUACAUGGAGGAGUUAAGAAAUGUUGAGCUCUUGGAUGGAGAUGAAGGAAAGAUGUGUGUGAAUAUGGAGUGGGGAGCCUUUGGGGACAACAACUGCUUGGAGGAUAUCGCCACUUCUUUUGAUCGCGAUGUUGAUAAGUUUUCAAUCAAUCCUGGGAAGCAAAGGUAUGAGAAGAUGAUCAGUGGGAUGUAUCUGGGAGAAAUCGUGCGCCAAAUUCUCAUUAUCCUCACACAGCGGAAAAUCCUGUUUGGAGGAAAUAUUUCAGAGCGUUUAAAGACCAGAGAUAUAUUCCCUACCAGAUUUCUCUCUCUCAUUGAGAGUGACACACUGGGACUAGUACAGGUCAGGUCUAUCCUAACAGACCUAGGCCUCCGCAGCACUUGCGAUGACACAAUGCUCGUGAAAGAGGUUUGCACUGUUGUAUCGCGGAGGGCGGCUCAGCUCUGUGCUGCUGGCAUUGCUGCUGUGGUGGAAAAGAUGAGAGAAAACCGAGGGCUGGAGCAGCUGAAAGUUACUGUAGGAGUGGAUGGAACAUUAUACAAACUGCACCCCCACUUUGCGGGAGUGGUUCAUGAAACAGUGAAGGUAUUGGCCCCACGGUGUGAUGUCACAUUUCUACAGUCAGAUGACGGUUCGGGGAAAGGGGCUGCGCUGAUUACAGCAGUGGCUUGUCGUAUCGCUGGAGCCGAGGCACGUGCAGCAUAGUGCGAGCUUGAUCUGCCAAACUAGCACCUUGGACUUAAAUCCACUAAAUCAAAGUCUGCAGGGUACACUGGACCUCCUUUGAACGUUACUCUUAAUAGAGACUUUCUUGGCCUUAGUCCAUUGGGAGGUAUAAGAGUGCAGACUCUUUAGGGUGAGCCUUGUAGAAAUGAGUGAAUGCCAGAAGCACUGAGUUAUCGACCACUACCAGAUACAAGGGUAGCCUGGUUGAAAUGUAUUUUCUAUGUAAUGCUAACGAAAUGCCAUAUUUAUUUCAUGGAAAAGUUUUAAAGAAUAAAAGUUUUUUUCAUGAA